AUGCAAGGAGACGACAGCCUCGUCAUCCAACCGACUGGACAAGAACCUUGUUGGGCCAGCAACACACCCCAAAACAAUGGCGGCGGAACAGCUGAGCUCAUCGUGGAGGAUCGAGGUACCGCCGUGAUCAAAUCCAAUAAUGUCGUCAGAUGGUGUACCAAUGGAGACUUUGUCCAGGAGGACUUUUCUUCAUACUUCGCUAUCCCAGCCGGGAGUGACCGAGUUCGACCCAACCUGUCACGGGGUCAGGCCUUGGUAUCUGGCAAUAAGCAAUUCUCUGCCAUGAUCCUAAGCGAUGAGACCAUGAUGAUCCAGUAUAAUCCAUUGAACCUGGUGGUCUGGUCGGUGGCCAGCCCUGCCGGCAGGAAAGCCGCCAAGGUGGCUGUAGAUGGUGGGCUGCGACUAUCGACCUACACUGCCGAUGAUAGGCUGGUGUGGAAAGGCAAUCGAGACGAUUACUGGAACUCGAGCAACGAUGAUUUCGUCAUGCAAGACGACGGUGUCUUGUCCUUCUGGGGUGACGAUUCUGGACAAAGCUUGAUCACGGGUAGUGCUCGCCUCACUAUCGAAAGCAAUGGCAUGUUGACAUUCGGCACUGAUGGCGGAUCCACCAAGAAGUAUCUGUAUCUCAUUGACGACAGCGGAAAAUGCAUCACAAAUUGUUCUCUGGCCACUUUAAGCGGAGACGGUUGCCUGGAGCUCCUCGACAUCAAGUUCCAGUCACUCUGGAAGAAUCCUAAGCAAGAGGUGGAAGACUUCUCGCGGGCCGAGUACCGAUCUCGAACUCAGCGAGUUGACCCGGCUUUCCGGAUUUGCGACGGUGGCGUUUUCGAGUGCAAUGAGGAAUAG